UCAAUGUUAUUGUUUAGCGUUACUGUACGCUGAGCGGCUGCUACAGCCUAUUCAUUGUGCAAACCUCGUGAAGACCACUUCUGCGUCACGGUGUCCAGCUCCAAGCUACCUUUCCCGCUCCACGAGAAGCGCGCGGGACAGUUGCUCCGCAACUCUGACGCAAGCUUGACGUUAAUUAAGUGUGUUUUAGUUCAUUAUGGCAGGAGAAGAUUUCCAGCGGAGUUUGAGUUACAGAGGUUGUGUAGAUUAUUGCAUACCAUAUUUAUCCCCCGUUAUCAAACUAUGAGGAACACAUCGUCUGUGCGCAGUUAGGGAAGUAGCCUGGAUGCGCACACUGUUCUAGAACGGCGGAGGAUUCCAACAACAUAGGUGGAUGUCCUGAACUGUAGAUUUUCUGUGAAGGGACAAUAGGUUUAUCCAGUCACUGGGUGCCUCUGCACCAUGGUGGUUUUAUCCGAUGGCUCUCCCCUGAGCCAGCCAUGCCCCGGGGGACCGGUUCAGGUCGGUUUCUACGAGAUCAUCAGGACGCUGGGGAAGGGAAACUUCGCUGUAGUUAAACUGGCUUGUCACAAAGUCACAAAAACCCAGGUGGCCAUUAAAAUCAUUGAUAAAAAGAGACUGGAGCCCUCUGACCUGAAGAAGAUCUACAGAGAGGUCGAGGUGAUGAAGCUCCUCAACCAUCCCCACAUUAUCAAGCUCUAUCAGGUCAUGGAAACUAAGGACAUGUUGUACAUGGUGAUGGAGUAUGCCAGGAACGGAGAGAUGUUUGACUACUUGUUGUCGUCGGGGCGACUGAGUGAGAGUGAGGCUCGCAGGAAGUUCUGUCAGAUCCUGUCAGCGGUGGACUACUGCCACAGCAACCACAUCGUCCACAGAGACCUGAAGGCUGAGAACCUUCUGCUGGACUCCAACAUGAACAUCAAAGUAGCAGACUUUGGUUUUGGGAACUUCUUCAGUGAAGGACAAUUUCUGUCCACCUGGUGUGGGUCCCCGCCCUACGCCGCUCCAGAGGUGUUUGAGGGGAUUGAGUACGAGGGGCCUCCUCUAGACAUCUGGAGUCUGGGCGUGGUGCUAUACGUGUUGGUGUGUGGCGUCCUGCCCUUUGACGGCCCCUCCCUCCCCGCGCUCAGACAGAGGGUCCGGGAGGGCCGCUUCAGAAUCCCCUUCUACAUGUCCCAAGACUGUGAGAACCUGGUGCGGAGGAUGUUAGUAAUUGAACCGGCCAAGCGGAUCACGGUGGCUCGGAUCAAGAAGCACCGCUGGAUGAAGUCGGACCCCCCGGCCACGGCAGCCCCUCCAGAGAUACCCCAGCCGACCCCUGUCCCUGAUGCAGAGCCCUGUCUGGGGGAGAAUUACAGCGAGCCGGUACUUGGCCUCAUGCAGACCCUGGGCAUCGACCGGCAGAGGACCAUUGAGUCUCUUCAGAGCAGCAGCUACAACCACUUCUCUGCUAUCUACCGUCUCAUGCUGGAGAAGGUGAAAGAGCUCCGCUCCCUCAGACUGCCCCAGAGCACCGAAAAGGUGACCCCCAACCCUGACCACGACACUCUGCUACCGACCUGCAUUAGUGAUCAGGAUCACCAUGGAAACCAGGGGGAGGAGCCACAGGAAGGGGAGCUGCAAGAGGAGGGAGGGACAGCAACCCUCUCCUUAGACCCCUCCCACAGACAUACUCUGGAUGAGGUCUCUGCCAGCCUCCAGCAGUGCAAACCAUCUUGUGCUGUGGUAAACUCAUCUGACCAAGCUUCCUCAGAUAGUUUCUCCUCUUCCUCCUCUUCCUUCUCUGCCAGUCCCAGCCUGUCCAGCCCAAUUGAGGACCCCUAUAUGUUACUUGUCACUACUGUGGAUGGCCCUGGGACCUAUAGCCCCACAGAGUCCCCCCUGGCCCUGUCCUCUACCGUGCCCAGCACUGUUGACGGCCCCUAUCAAUUACUGGUCACUACCGGUCAUCUGGCCCUGUCGUCCACCCUGCAGCCCCCUCCCCAGGAUAGCCUCCCCAUACCCAGCUUCCAGGAGGGCCGCCGAGCCUCCGACAUGGACACCGGCGCUCUAACACAAGGUCUGAGGGUGUUCCGCCAGAAGUUGAGGGGGGAGGCCAGCGCCAAGGGCCUGCUGGGACUGAACAAGAUGAAGAGCCCCGGGGUCCGGCACGGGUGGUCCCCCCCAGCCUCUGGCUCUGCACCCUGCCCCCCUGCCUGGGGGGGGCGAGAACUGUCCCACUGUGUCCCCACCACACCACUGUCAGAGGAAGGCUUCCAGCAGCAGAAGUGAGGCAGACCCUUUUGUUUCUUAUCAUUGUGACUCAAAUUAUUAUCAAGCCAUUUUGAUGUGGGUUAAAUACAUUUGUCAAAAGCUUUUAAGCAUUUGCUUGAUUUGUCUUGGACUUUGCACCUGCAACCGGUUUCAUUGUAUUGGAGCAAACUAAAUGAAGUGCAGCCCAAGUAUUUGAACAUAUUAGACACCUGUUGUUCUACUGACUCUUCUCUGUGUCUUCCCCAGAGUGAUCCAGACUCCACUGUGCCAAUUCCACCCGACCACACCUCUUCCUCCACGCCACCCCACGUCUUCCUCCCCGCCACCACACCUCUUCCUGUCUCCUCCCGUCCCUCCUAACGUUCCCGCUCCUCCUCGU